AGCGACUAUUUGAGACGGGGAAAGGGCCACAUGAAGACGCUAACCGGGACCAUGCAGACUUCCAGGCUGCUCAGCGGGGCACUGCUCUGCGCACUGCUGCUGCUCUCCAGCGUUGCUGGAGCCGAAGUGUUGGACACAGAGUCCGAAGAGGAGCUGAGCCCCAGAGCACUGCGGGAUUUCUACCCAAAAGGUCCGAACCUAACCAGUGAGAAGCAGCUGCUUGGAGCUCUCCAAGAAGUUCUUGAAAAGCUGCAAGCUAAACGGCUGCCUUUAUGGGAAAAGAAAUUUGGCCAAGUCCCAACGUGUGAUGUCGGGGAGCAGUGCGCCGUGAGGAAAGGCGCUCGGAUCGGCAAGAUGUGCGACUGUCCCCGGGGAGCUUUCUGCAACUUUUUCCUGCUGAAGUGCUUAUGAGUCUCGCCGGAUCUGAAUGUAGCUUUGAGAUGGGGAGAAAAAAAACUGUCACACGAUUCCUUUGUAAUUACUGUCAUAUUUUUUAUGAUACAGCUGAGGAGCAGGUGCGGUGAUUGCCUAACCCUUACGAAA